AUGCGCCAGUCCCUCGCCAAGCUGGCAUCGGCCUCGGCCAUGCAAAACGGCCUGCGGCCCAAGCCAAUGGCCCUCCUGCCUCCCAUCCCGCUGUACCGACGGCUUCUGCGCGCCCACAGGAAAUUCCUGCCCACGGAAAUGCGGCUUCUCGGAGACGAGUAUGUCAAGGCCGAGUUUCGAGCCCAUCGGAAGGUGGACAAUCCUGCGCACUUGAUUGGCUUCCUUUCGGAAUGGCAGAUGUAUGCUCAGCAGAUUGAAGGCGAAUCCUGGGUGGGUGAGAAGAUUGAUCAGGGGAAAUUGCAGAAGAUGAGCGACGAGCAAAUCCAACAGUUGUAUGACUUGAUGCAGGCCAUUCAAAAGCAUCACAACGGAGAAGAUGUUGAAUGA